UGCGAGUUAGAGUUCAGGCUGACUUCCUGCUCUCAGCUGUGGGCCACAACUCAGGGUCUGGAAGCCUGUGAGGAGACCAAGGAUCAGAGCUCACCCUUCUAUGACCCUGGCAGGAGUUGGGAAAAAGAAGGAAACAGAAGGUGGCAGCUUCAGCAACAGGAUGUCCACAGACGACUGGGACACAGAGACGAUUCCCUUCGAUCCUAUAUUCCUGAACUUCAGAAGGCAUAAAGUGAGGAUUUCAAAUGCAAUAAAGAAGCCAUUUCCUUUUCUUAAGGUGCUCCGUGACAACAAUCUCAUCACUGACGAAAUGUAUGAAGAUUUUAAAGAUUCCUGUACAAACCUGGUUCCUGUACAAAAUGUGGUCUACAGAGCCCUAGAAGAACUGGAGAAGAAAUUUAACAUGAAUGUUCUAUGGGUAUUGUUUUGUAUGGAACACAUGAAGGUGUACCCUGAUUUGGAACCCAUUUCCAAAGACUUUGAUAAUGUCUUACCACAGAAUCAAUUGUGUUUCGAAGAAAUUGGUAGAGGAGACCUGAACUCACAGCUCAGUCUUGAACAAGGCACAGCAUCUACCACACCCACCAAUGAAGAGGGACAGAGGGAAAACCCAACAAGCCCAGAGUGAACAAAGAAGAACAUAACUUCCCCGUGACCUUCUGCCAUGAUGUCUGAGUCCCUCAUCUGCCAAUUGUUAGUUGUUCAUCUCUGGCAUGUUAUAGUUUGUUACAUUCACUGAUGAAAAUAAAAAUUGGAUUUUAUAAUA